AUGGAACAAGGAAGAUCACACCGUAGCUUCAUUUCGAUAUUCCUACUUUUCGAUUUACUUUUCAGAGUCGCUGGAAACGCCGAAGUUGAUGCUUUAACUGCGCUGAGACUUAGUUUAUCUGACCCUGUCAAUGUAUUACAAAGCUGGAAUGCCACUGAGCUUACUCCUUGUUCAUGGUUUCAUGUUACUUGCACUAAUGAGGAGAAAGUUAUUCGUGUUGACUUGGGGAAUGCAGAUCUAUCUGGAAAACUUGUGCCACAGCUUGGCCAGCUUCUAAAUUUGCAGUACUUAGAGCUUUUUAGCAAUAACAUUACUGGAGUAAUACCUGAGGAGCUUGGAGUCUUGACGGAGUUGUUGAGCUUGGACCUCUACAUGAAUAACAUAAGCGGCUCAAUCCCUUCAUCUCUUGGCAAUCUAAAGAAACUCAGAUUCUUGCGUCUUAAUAACAAUGCUUUAUCUGGAGAAUUUCCAAGGUCCUUGACUGAUGUGUCGUCGCUGGAAGUUCUGGAUGUCUCAAACAAUCGGCUAAGUGGAGAUAUUCUGGUUACUGGUUCCUUUUCUCGGUUCACUCCUUUUAGUUUUGCCAAUAAUAAUAAUUUAAGGCUGCUUCCGGCAUCACCAUCAGGGAAGCGAACGGUUACAGUAAUAGCAAUCGGAGCUGCUGUAGUUCUAUUUGCUGGUGGAGCCAUCGCGCUUGCUUGGUGGCUGAGAAGGAAACCACAUGACAGCCUUCGUCUCUUUUCCCGGUGAACUACAUGACAUCUUUUUUUCUGUUUUACAGGUGAAGAAGACCCAUAGGCAGACAAAUUUUGGGGGCCCUAAUCAAAAUACAAAUUUGAUUAUUAAAAAUUUUCAAAUAAAAGUCUAUUCUGAAGAGUAAAAUAAUUAUGAUAUCAAUUAAUUUUGAUGUUUAAAAGACUUACCUAUUCAAUGUUUUUAACAACAGAAAAACUGUUACCAUUUCCAAAUUGACUAUCAGCACAACAACUUAUUGUCCAUCGGUGCUUAAAAAAUAAAUUGUACCCCAUAUUAUAUUUUAUUUCAUUUGUAUCCUAAACUUUC